AGACUCAAUGCUGUCUUGUGGACGGCUUCUCCCACCUGAGCCUUGGAUCCAUGCAGCUCCUCCAGACUAACCAGGAGCCUCGUCGCAGUUUUCCUUCAUCCCUGGCCUGUUCAGACGGACCUCACGUCUUGGUGGGUUUCAUACUCUUUGCAUCUUCACAUGAUAGAUUGAACAGUGAAUAUUCUGUCAGUUAUGCUCUUUGUUUUAGUCCGUAACAGAAUCUCAAUAAAAUUUAUUGACAUUUGUAACCUAACACAACUCCGCAGACAUAUUAAGCUGCUGUAAAUCAUCACAUGUCGAUCCUGAUCUGUGUAUUUUAAGGUGACUGUGUUCCCCUUCAUGUGGUCAGCUAGAGAUCCAGAGGGUCUGCAGUUCCUCUGACUCCACGCCCAGCCUGGCUGACCCGGCGCCUCUUCACCCAGUGUCGGCCCAGCCCCAAAUAACUUUCAUUCUGCUCCUGCUGACCAUCAGCGACCCCCUCCUCACCACACUGGGAGGAGAAAGUGUGGUGAGGCGGAGUGCGUCUCGGGGAAAGUAAGAAGACGAGAGCAUGGAUUUUGGUCCUGGAAGGUUCACCCGGAGCGGAUUGUGGAGUUUUUCCAACGCUGAGCGUUGGGUCUGGACCCGCCGCUGAUGAUGCGGAGCUGUGGAAGUCGAUUUGUUGAAGAACUUUGAACGUUUUGCCUCAUGUGAUCGAGGGGGAUCGAGGUCAGCGGAGAGAUGUCCUGAAGAAAGAAAACCCCCAACAAACCUGUGCUGAACCUGAAGCGUCGAGCUGUUUCUGGACGCCGAGUCAUUCUCCUGUCAGCCAUGGACUCCCAGGGGAGUCCGUACCUCAACAAGGGGGCUCUCUGCUCCACCCUGGGAGGCGCCAGGAUCUGCCAGCUAGCGAUGGGCUGUGCUGUGAUCGCGAUGGUGACCCACAGCGCCGGGCACAGCGGGCCGCAGGGCGUGUUCUGCAUGGCGGCCUGGUGCUGCUGCUUCGCCGUGUCGGCGGCCGUCUUCUUCCUGGACGCCACCCGUCUCUACAGCUGCCUCCGGGUGUCCUGGGACAACCUGACGGUCACCUGGGCUGCCUGCGCCACGCUCAUGUACGUGACGGCCUCCGUGGUUUACCCGCUGUUCUUCGUCAGGUCCGAGUGUCCGUACGAAGGCUGCGAAGUCCGAGACUUCCGCAUCGCCGUCACCGUCUGCUCCAUCCUGGGAACUCUGGCCUACGGAGCCGAAGUGGCCCUGUGCCGGGCCAGACCGGGCCAGAUCGUGGUGGGCUACAUGGCUACCAUCCCCGGCCUUCUGAAAGUGGUGCAGGCCUUCGUCGCCUGCAUCAUCUUUGGCGCUCUGGCCAACGGGAGCCAGUUCUCGCGUUACGCCGCCACAAUCUACUGUGUUGUCGUCUACGCUUCCUGCUUUGCUCUCACCGCCCUGGUGGUCAUGAUGACCGUGUGCAAACGCACCAAAACUGUGAGGUGCAUGCCCUUCGAUCGCUUCGUAGUGGUGUGCACCUUCCUGGAGGUUUUGCUCUACCUGAGCGCCUCGGUGGUGUGGCCAGUUUUCUGCUUUGACUCAAAAUAUGGGUCUGCAUGGAGACCUUCGUCGUGUCCGCAAGGGAAGUGUCCUUGGGACAGCAAAGUGGUGGUGGCCGUGUUCUCUUGUGUGAAUUUUGGGCUUUAUCUGACAGACCUGCUGUACUCACAGAGGAUCCGAUUUGCUUCGUCACGCGUUCCCACCAACACGCGGGUGUAGAACCACUCAGAACCCUAAAAACUGUCAAUCCAGUGUCACAUGAACUAUUCAGAAAGUUACAAUACUUCUUGUGUUCUGAAUUUUCCUUUCAAUGUUUUUACUUGACAAAGGCCACAUGUUGUGCGUGCGGCGUGUCCUUCAAAAUGGAGGAAUGAUAACAAUUAUCUGGGGUGAAAUUUUAAAACAUUGAAUGACAGUCACGUGUUUUAAAAAAUAUCUGUUGAAAGAAAUAUCGAAAAUAUCCUACAAAUAUCACCAUGAUGAACGUGUCAUCAUGUAGGACGUUUUCAGCUGGUUACUUUUUCGAAGUCACAUUUUUACACGUCGGACACUUUUGGGUUGUUAUUCUCAUUCAGGUAAAGGAAACUGAACACGAUUGUGUCUCUGUGACGCCGUGCUUUCAACAAGACCGCGCUUGAAAUGGGUUCUCUGAGCUGCGACUGAUUUCUAAACAACACAACAUUGGUUGAUCUUGACAUGAGGAGGAUUAUGAGUCAUUUCCUCUCUUUGUGAUUUCACACUUGUGUAGUUUUAGAUUUUUGCAUCCCACGUUUUUUGAUGUGCAAAAAGGAGCGACCCGUGCCAGGAUGUUCUUAUCGAUCACGUUUGCUGCCUCAUGGGCAACGCUUUUAAAUUAAUUGUUCAUAAUUUACCCAGAAUGUGCUGGAAGGAAGUUUGAUUACGGGACUUCAGUUAUUUUAGUCAGCGGGUCAUAAUCUGUCAUAUUUAUUGUUUCUUAAGUUUUAUGAGAUUAUUUCUUAUUGCAUUGCCAAAAUCAGAAAAGAUGCAACAUAAAAACACCAGAGAAAAGCUUGCCAUUAUGUAACAUUAUGCAUGACAUUUUAGAUCUUUAUGUUUUUACAGUUCAUCUGGGAAGGAGUCAAAACUCUUCACUUUGUCUUAAUUUCAUGUGACAUCCUUUUAAUAUUUAAUUUUUUUUAUUAUCUUUUAUUACAAAGUGAAAAGAGUGGUUUGGGAAUGAAAAUCAUAUGUACGUAAGUAUCACACCCAUUGCUGUUUGUAUUUGUAGGACAUCAAAUACAAAUAAAUACACAAUAAUUAAGCUUGAAA